AUCAGGUAGGCGGGAUGAAAGUAGGUCUGUUCAGCGGCACGUAGAAAGUUAGACUCUGAUGCUGAAAUGGAUAUUGAAGAGUUCACUUUCAGUAUCUCUCUCUCCACUCUAACAGUUACCUUUUUACUGCUUUUUGUCCUCAAACCCAUUGGAGGUCAGUUACAUGUGGUCGGAUCACUUCAGCCUAUCGUGGCCGCUCCAGGUGAUGAUGUCAUCCUGCCAUGUCACAUGGAGCCAAAGUUUAAUGUGGCGGGACUGACGGUGGAGUGGUCGAGGCCCGAUCGUCGUCCUGACCCCAACGACCGUCUGAGUCGAGUGGAAUAUGUUCAUCUUUACAGAGACGCCCGAGAGGUCCCCGACAUGAAGAUCCCAUCGUACAUCGGGAGGACGGCGUUGUUCACAGACGGCCUGAGAGAAGGAAACAUCUCACUAAGAAUCACUAAUGUGAUACAAGAAGAUGAAGGAAGAUACAGAUGUUUCAUCCCAAAGUUAAAGAGUCAAACAAAGUCUUCAAUUGUUCGUCUGAUUGUUGCUGAAACUGUGACAACAGAGACACCGCUGCAUCCUGAAACUCUCUCAACUCCUCAUCCGAUGGAUGAGUUUCACAGUAAAGGUGGUUUGUCCCAUCGGAGCCGACUGAUCCCACUUGUGGUUUUCUGUGUUUUUAUUCUGCUCUGUGUCGCAGUCGCAGGACUCUGGUUCACUGAGUUGAAGCAUUGAAAAACAGAAGUAUGUCUUGCGAGUGCAGCUUUGUAGGUGGCUUAAUCUUGGACACAUGGGAAACAUUAACAGAGGUGAAAGCAUCACCCACUUCACAACAACAACCAUCAUUGGUGCCAAAGUUGACUUUUGGGAUCAAACUUCAAAAGCGUGAGGACCUACAAUUUUGAUGCCUUGCUCAUGGGCACAUUGGAAACAUUAAGAGAGGAGAAAGUGCCAACUUCUUACUUACGUUUAGAUGUUUCUUAUUUGUUUGAGGAGCCGAAGAACUUUCCCAGCCUCCUGUGGGCACAGUGGGCCUGCAGCAGGUGAAUUUCAUGACGUCCUGCAGUCUGUUUGUACCUGAAUUUUACUUUUAAGCCCUGUGAUGAUGCCUGAGAUUGUAUGGCUGGUCUGGUGACUUCCAAAGGGUUUAACCACAGAAAUAACAUCCAUUACUUGAGUCAAAGCCGACCUCUGGCAAACAUAUGGACAAUUUGUGUCACAACUGUGAAGUAUCAGGUUGUACUGCAGCACUAAGACUGAAAUUGUUUUGUGAGACUUUGAUCAAAUCUUAAUAACCUCACAUAUAAAUUCUCUUGCAUGUGAGGUUGUUUACAAAGAAACACUUAAGUCUAAUUGGAUGUCCUUUCACGAGAGCUAGAUCUGAAGUGCUUUAAAUGUUCUUGCAUUUAUACCUGCGUUAGUUUGAACUUUGAGCUGAGUAGCUUGUGGGAACAUGAAAUGCCAGUUUAGAUACUAAAAUAAAUACCUGUUUAAGGUAUUUAUUUUCUCUUUCGGACAGCUUGGAGCUAAAGGUGCUUUCCAUGUGUUUGUUUUGUUAAAGUUCCUAACUGUCACUCUGACAUACUGAUUGUUUUGUCAAGCUCAACUUUCUGCUUCCUUCUUACGGAAGGAAUAUCCAAUAUGUAGUUCUGUUGUUUUAGGCUUUAUCCUAUUUUAAAAUGGCUCUUAAAGAAAUGUGAGUCUUCUCUUUGGAACAUUGUUUUUUAUAGUUUGAACCUUUUGUUUAUUCUGCACUUUCAAACUAAUUCAAUUGAAAUUUGAAGCAAAGUGUUUCUUGACAAAUUCUUCUCAGAUAAAGUUCAUUUGC